GAGCAAAUUCCCUUUCUCUCAGCUUGGCCUGGAAGGCAAUGCGAGCACGUCUUCCUGCUUGAGUCACUGCCCUUUACUGAAGGCGAGGUGUGGCAGCCAGACAGUUCACUUCUGUGCGUAAAGCAGGCAGAUUUUCAAGCCGGCUGCAGUGAUGCCAAUCUGAUCAGGAACAACAGAGAAGAGCAAGAGAAGGAGGAGCACAAGGAUGAGGUUUGAGGUGCCCCUGCCCCUCCUGGGCCUCCUGCUGUGUGUGGUUGGUGCAGCAGCUCAGGAGGAAUUCGUGGUGGAGAUUUCUGGAACCACAGUGACAAUCACAUGUCCCAUAUCUGGAGAUGAAAUAGACUGGGAGCCAACUGUGACAAAUGGAGAAAGAGAAAAUAAUAAGUACAUCAUAAAGAAUCAUGACAGCUCUCCUCUCACUGUGACUUGUAAGGAAAAAAAUAAUGAGAAAAACAAGCAUGCAAUGUACCUGAAUGCCAGAGUGUGCGAAAACUGUGAGGAGCUGGAUACCUUGACUGUGACAGGGAUCAUCAUCGCGGAUCUUCUCAUCACCUUGGGGGUGCUGAUUUUGGUCCAUUACUUCAGCAAAAACAAGAAGGGGCAAGCGAGCGCUGGUGCUGGCAGUCGGCCACGAGCUCAGAAGAUGCAGCGUCCUCCCCCUGUUCCAAACCCAGACUACGAGCCCAUCAGGAAAGGUCAGCGAGAAGUGUACGCAGGCCUGGAACACAGGGGGUUCUGAAAUUCCCCCAGAUUCCAGGCUGGAUGGAAAACAGAGGCAGAAGAGCUGAGUGCUUCUGGCUAGCUUGCUGCUGGCUCUCUGCAGACCCACUGAGACCCAGGUGCUUUGGGGUCAGCCAAGCAGCUAGACAGGACAGGCGUCCUGCUGCCCUAUGCUGUCCCACCCCAAGGUGUUCCUUCAAUCUGACAUUGGGGCUAAGAAAUCACCGAGCCCACUGGCAAAAGAAGUUUUCCUUCUCGCUAAAGGCCUGGAGCCUCCCUCGUGGUUGCUGGCCUCCUUUCCCCUCACUUGUCUUUUUCUGCUUCGAUUGCAUGCUCUGACUUCCCCUCCAAUCUCAUUUUCUGUCCCACUUGCCGCUCUUCCCUCCCAGGAGAGCUGGUGCAAAAUGAGGGUCCUUCUCAGAGGGACGGGCCUCUGACAUUGUCCUGCUCUAAAAGAUGAGACGAAUUUCUACCAGUACGUGCAGACAGGGCCAUCCACCCUAUAGCCCUUCUUCUGUGGGAAAUGAGUGGGGCCAAGUACCCUUUGCAUGCAGGUACCUUUGUGUUUCAGAUCUUCAUCAGAACAUCCUUAAAGGGUCAGAUGAGAAUCUGGCACUUUCCCAGGUCAUCUGAAAGCCUAUUAGGAAAUUUAAGUCUCUGGCUGAGUGUGAGAUUUUUGUUACUAUUAAAUUAUGAGCUCGUAGACAUUUCAGAUUAGAUUUGACCCCCAGUUAUCAAUGAAUAUCACCUUUGCAGUCUGACUGAGACAGCACACCAGGGAUUUUCGUGUUUCCCAGGCUGGAACGGAGGCACUUUGGUUCAGCCCUUGGGCCAGCACUCUGUUCUGCAACAGCUUGUUCGCUGGAACUGAAAUGAAUGUGUUGGGGCCAUAGAGACAGUGGCCUCAACACAAAUUCAGGACAGCAUCUAACUUUUGUGAAGUUGUCCUUCCAUUUUUACUGAUUUUCUAUAGUGUCAUGUAAGAUAAAAACCUCUAUUUGAGUGGGCUUCACCCUAAAGGCUGCACGACUGCAUUUGCUGGUGCUGUUUCACUUUGCAGCGCUAUCGCUGCGUAGAGAUCCUUGUGAUCUGUCCUUUACUGCUUCCCUUUCUCUCCGCUUUCCUUUCAGCUCUGGCACUUGAGCUCUGCUUGGGUUCUAUUAGAAAGAUGUCAGGCUACAUCUGUUUCAGCUUUUUUUAAUAUCCAUUUCAAAAUUGUAAUAUAUUAAUAAAAUGGGAGCCAACAUCCUCAGAUACGCAGCGGAAAAGA